AUGGGCGCCGCCGCCGCCGGCAGCCACGAGGAGGCGAGCCCCCUCCUGGCCCCGCCCGCCGCGGACGAGAAGCCGCUUCCCCCGGCGCAGGACCCCGCCAAGGGCUGCGCCGACGGCGUCCCCGUCGUCAUGGGCGAGCCCGUCGCCGCCCCGCCGCGGGAGGCCUGGGACACCGGCCUCCUCUCCUGCCUCGGCCGCAACGACCAGUUCUGCAGCAGCGACGUCGAAGUCUGUCUUCUUGGAAGCGUAGCCCCAUGUGUGCUGUAUGGAAGCAAUGUUGAGAGGCUUGCAGCUGCACCAGGAACUUUUGCAAACAGCUGCUUGCCUUACACCGGCCUCUACAUGCUUGGGAACUCCCUCUUUGGGUGGAACUGCCUAGCUCCAUGGUUCUCUCAUCCCACUCGUACAGCUAUUCGUCGAAGAUACAAUCUUGAGGGUAACUUCGAGGCUUUCACUAAGCAAUGUGGGUGCUGCAGCGGCCUUGCCGAGGAUGAGGAGAGUCGUGAGCACCUAGAGGUCGCCUGCGACCUUGCGACCCACUACUUUUGUCACCCUUGUGCCCUCUGCCAGGAGGGGCGUGAGCUGCGCCGCAGGGUCCCCCACCCCGGCUUCAACGGGCGGUCCGUCUUUGUCAUGAUGCCACCCACGGAGCAGACUAUGGGGCGUGCGAUGUGAACUUUUCCAGCUAAAACUCUGCCCUAGCUUCCCUUGUGCGCCUUGAUGUUAUGCUGCCUCAGAUCUUUUCGACUCUUUGUCCGUAAAUACAGAAUAAUGUGGUGCGAAAUGUUGUGCUGUGAACAUGAGCUCAAACUGUUUUUACUCAUUGUCGGCUGCUGUAUCGUGUAUGAAUUGUGAACUCUACUCGUUGUCGACCGCGGUGUGAAGUGUCAACUGUAACUUACAGUCUGUAAGAUGUUGUGUGCGUGUUCUUGUGAACUCUACUCAAUGUCGGCCGUUGUGUGAACUGCAAUAUACUGCGUACUUGUUCUCGUGA